AUGGAUUAUCUUGAGUCCCUAGGCUAUUCCAGGCGCACAAUGAUUCUCAACCAGGAUGCUGGCACAUCCAAAAUCCUUGAAGAGCCUACAGUCCCGAAGUCUGUAGAUACUUUGCCUCUUCUAUUGCCUCCUCAUCAGGAUCCAGAACCUAAUGUCACUCUCCGAGAAGCAUCUACAUCUAAGACUGCUCCCCAAGCGGACUUUGCAGCUGAUAUCACUUCUCCAGAGCAACUAAUGACUGAUCCAAUCAGUCAGUUGCUGAUUGAAACCUCAACUGCUAUACCAUCCUUCUUUGAGGAUAUUCAGCCCAGCGACAUUGAUAAGGCUACACCUCCUUGCUCCCCGCCUGCAGCAAAGGUGAAAUCAGCUGACAACGUUGAUCCCUCAUCUCCGGAAGGACGUAUUGAGGAUAUUACAGAAACUCCUCGACCAUUGUCGCCGUCCAUCUUCACCACUGAUGAGCCCACUCCAACAGAGGGCCACAACAUCAGUAAAGAGCGUAUGUUUGCCGCUUCCUCUCCCACUAAAGAAGAAGUUCUCUCUUCUGCACCCACUGCAACCGAUGUUACCUCAGUCACUGCUGCUGCUUCAACAUCUCAACAACCAGCACAGGCACCCCCUGCUUCCCUUGAGGAACCGAAAAAAAUCAUCGAUGCUCCCCUUGAGCAACCAGAACAAAUCAUCGAUGCUUCCUCCUGA